UUUUUUUUUUUUUUUUUUUUUGCUGUUUGUUGAGACUGCCUCUUGACCAAAGGUCUUGUAGUUUGUGCACCUCAUCAGCAUUGUGCAAAAAACCCUAGUGGUGAGAGCACAACAGGCAUAUAUAGCAUUCUCUGUGCAUGCCUCCCUUACCUUUCCGUAAAAUCAAAAUCAAAUUCAAUAAUAUCUUCCAUGCACAAAUUUGUGGUUAUUCCAAUACCUCAGUUACAUUUAAUAGAAAGAAAUAUGUAGGAAUUAAAAAUUACAGUGCAUUUUGGCCCAGAGUCUAUGCAUUUUGCACUUGCUGUCCCACAUCCUGUCAAACAGAAACUACUGCUGUUUUAAACCACAGCAUCACAGCUUAAAGAAAACAGCAUUAUGAAGAGAUACAAAGACCAAGCAAGCCUUGUUGAUUUACAGCCUUAUUGAACUACAUUAAAAUGUUGUGUAUUGUUAACUAUACUCUCUACCGGUCAGCGUCAUGGUGUGUGGGGAAUGAGGAGGUCCAGAAUAUGCACAUUUAUUAGAUAAUCCACAAGGAACCGGAACAGCAGGGGAAAAAAAUCCAAACACAACAUACAAGACAUUAAGAACCAACAAACCAAAUGGGGAACAGAACCAAACUUAAAUACACAAACUAAUUAGACGAGGACAGGUGUAAUCGAUGACAUCGAUUAAUUGGACAAUGAUUAAUAAGACAAUGACAUCAUAAUUGGAAAUGGAACAGGAAGGACCAAAUAAGGGCACACAAAGGGAAAAAACAAAGAAACAGUCCACAGGGGUGUGACACUACCCAAUAUAAAGAAGAAAGCAUGCCGCAUUUCCUUUCUGCGGUCACAAAGUAAUCUAUAAAUUCUCUGCCAAAAGCCUGUGUCAGAUUUCUCUAGUGGGCCUGAUGUACCCAAUAUUAUUAAUUUUGUUCUAUGCCAAACCUUUUUUUUUUACUGUAAUGGUUCUGUGUUCAGCCUUUUUCUGUGUUCCUGUGGAUCAUUCAACCCAGUCACUGCUUGCCUUCAAAGGACAGCAGUAAAUAACCAAAAGAAUCCUAAUUUUUGUUCAGUAAAGUGGUGAGAUUAACAGUGUUGUUGCCGACUGUUAGGACCUUUGCAACAACUGAAACAAUUUGGCAAAGUGUUAUGGAUCUGUAAUGUGGUCAAUAGAUUUGGAAUAGAUAUUGCAUUCCAAUAUGGGAAUACUUUCAUAAUAACAUGGCCGUCUGGAAUGAAGGAAGUGACAUUUGAAGGGCAGCUUCACCAAUUUGUAACCAGUUUUGUGAUAUUGGAAUCAAAAAGUAACCCUUAAACCUCAUCAUAGAAGCACUUGUCAAUGGGUUUGUCUGGUGUUGAGGUCUUGAUUAUUUUAUAUUGUUAAUUUAUUUUUAUUGGAAUAAUGAAUUCACCUAACCUGCAUAUCUUUGGGAACCGGUGUGCCCGGCGUAAACCCACACAAACACAGGGAGAACACGCAAAGUCCACACAGAAAGGCCCUACUGUCCCUGCUGGGGCUCAAACCAGAGACCUUUUUGUUGCAAGACAACAGUGCUAACCAUCUUGUCCAAGAUGUUAUUCUUGCUUCUUCCGUAAAGAAAAUGUAUUUUUGGAGGACAGCGUUUUAGGAAUUAUCUCCAUACAAUGGACUUUAAUAGUGCCCACUUCUAAAAUACAGUUUAAAUGCAGCUUCAAAGGGCUUUAAAGGGUCUUAAGGGUCUUAUCUAGCAAAACGAUUGGUCAUUUUCUUAAAAAAAAAAAAAAAAAAAUAUUAUCCUCUUAACCUCAAAUGCUUGUCAUGCCUAGCUCUGCGAUGCGCACAUUUACUCUGUGUACCCCGGUUCAAUACAGUUAGGGUAUGUUCAAAACUCAUUUUCUUAUCAACUUCAAAAUUGUCCUACAUUGCUGCAGGAGUGCUGACCCAGUGUUUACACAGUGAACGUCAAACACUAUUCACAAAAAGUAAAGGGGGUGAGUAAAUUAUCUGUAAUUUUUUGUUCUGGAAGUGAACUUCUACUUUAAAGGGGAUGUAGUGCUGACAAAUAUCCUUAUACACCUUCACCUCCCUCACACUGAUCACACUUUUUUUAAAAUAAUCCCUCACACUUUUUUUUAAAAUAAUUGUUAAAAUAACUAUAAAACCGUAUUGUAUUGAUUGGUUUUGAUUGUGUGAUAAAAGUUUAUAAUUAUUAUAUCUUAUUUAAAAAAAAAUUGUCAACAUUAAGUGAAAAUGGAACAUCAAUUUAUAAUAUUUGAUAAUAUCAGAAUUGAAUCUAGCAGCUUAUAUAACAGAGAGAGAAAUUGUAUGCAGCAACAGAGUAGGCCUUCUAUUUAAAAAAAAAAAAAGCUCAACAGAACUACAAAGGCAUCUCACUUAGCAGCAUAGCGUGCACGAACAGGAAACAGAUAAGCAGGAAGCAGUCAGUGGCCCUGUGGUUACCAUGUGUAAUACUCACUCACAAAUAUUACACUUGACGGGUCUUUUUUCAACUCCUCCUCUGACUACGAGUCUCUUCAAACUGGUGGACAGGAGUUGUUUUAUGAUGGGUUGUCUCACCUGUAAAAGAUGUUUGGCUGCCAUUGUGUUUGUAGUGAUUCUGAUUGUGAUAAUCAGUCUGAUACACUCUCUGAGACCCUCUGAGAUCAAUACUAAAACAGCAGUGGCAGCCGAUGCCGGGACUUGCUCUGAGAUCGGGAGGGACAUAUUGAAGCGCAAAGGUUCAGCAGUAGAUGCUGCUAUCGCCGCUCUGCUGUGUGUGAGUCUGGUUAAUGCUCAAAGUGUGGGCAUUGGAGGAGGGGGGGUUUUCACCAUAUACAAUGCAUCAACAGGUAAGUGAGACAGUAUCAGAAAAAAAAAAA